CUGAUUUUAACAGAAGCUCCAACUCAUAGCCAAGACACAUUCAUACUGCAGACAGUUAAUGCUGUUAUUGCGCUUGGUAAAGCUUCAACUGAGAGACUCAAAGAGAAAUGUGGCAGAAGUGCCACAGCUGUAUGUGAAGACUUUGGUACAGCAUUUGGAGAGGAACGUACUGUAGCUUUGGACAGAAUUUGCUCAUGGAUACACGGGAAAACUAUGAGGAGAUCCACUCUCACUAAAGUAUUGGCAAUUUUGUCAUUGGCCAUGAUUGCGGACACAUCUCUACCAUAUCCUUCUCAUCAUGUCAUAGAUGGUGAUUUGUACAUCAUGGUAAUGUUUGGUCUCACAGAGAAUGGGUGCAAAGACAUUACAUUAAGACAUUUCCAAUAUAUGGAAGCUGUUGACCUUGCUCUUAAACAUAUAAACAGGCAUCGAGGUCAGUUUGAAGACCUAGGUGUCAAAAUUGGUGCAAUUUUUAUGGAUGACUGUUCAUCAGCAGAACAUGGACUGAAAGUAAUUAGAGAAUUUUACGAAGGUGAUCUGUUGGUCCAUGAUUCAACUGGUGUCCGUAUUGGCCCUGAUCAAGUUGUUGGAUUUGUUGCUUCCGAAACCAGUGACAAAACUAUGAAAGUUGCAGAAUAUUUGAAGACUACAAAGACAGCUUUAGUGGCUCCAUUUGCUACGAGCCCUCAGUUAAGUGAUAGAACUAGGUUCCCGUAUGUUGUCAGAACUGUACCAUCGGACAGUAAGCAGGGGCCUGCUUUUGCAGCAUUUUUCAUGAGUCUUGGUUGGCCCAAUGUUCAUGUUAUUGUUGAAGAUGAGUCAUCGUAUGCCAGAGACUUGGCCAAUUCAUUCAAAGGAACAUUUGAAAAGGAAGAACAAGGGAGGUGCAUAUCCUCUACCCACAUGUUAGAUGUCACACGGCGGAUGUAUCACUACGAACAAAUAAUUUCAGCUAUUAUAAACACCACCUCCAAGACUGAUAUCGUUUUGCAUUUGGCAUCAAAUUUCCAUGUAAGAGCAUUACUAGAAACCAAGGAAAAAUACCUUCGAAAUCCAAAGGGAAAACGUCUCAUAUUGAUUGGGGCAGAGGGAUGGGGAAGAACUGAAAGUUUUGUUCAAGGUUAUGAAAAGGCAGCCAAAGGCUCAAUAUCAAUAGGUCUGUAUGGAGAACCUGUCAAACGUUUUAAUGUGCAUAUGUCAAAACUUAGAUUUGGUAAACCUUCUUCCCGAAGUGUUCACACUGACUUGUACUUCAAAGAAAAGUUCAAUUGUGAUAACAACUGUUCAACUUACAUGAUUUUAACAGAUCUUCCGACAUAUAGCCAAGACACAUUCGUACUGCAGGUAAUAAAUGCCGUUUUUGCGCUCGGCAAAGCUACAACUGAGAGAUUUAAAGAGAAGUGUGGCAGAAACGCCACAGCUGUAUGUGUUGACUUUGGUACUGCAUUUGGAGUGGAAUUUACAGAAGCUUUGGACAACAUGUGCUUCACGGGCAUUGAUGGCCAAGAUGUUGCAAUUCGUGAUCGGGAGAGUUACAGGGCUUAUAAUUUUUACUACUGGCAAAAGGAUGGGACUCCAAUCAAGAUUGGUAGAUCAGGCACAGAGGGAAGGACUUAUACACCAGAUCCGAAACAUUCAAGCUUUCCAGAGGGCGGCUAUUACGACAACUUGCCACGAUCUGAAUGUCCCAAAAAAUGGAGUGGCUAUUUCUGUAAAAGAUGUAGAUUGGGUAGAAGUAAGAAUAAGCGUUGGAACUGUAAGAAUAAGUGUUGGAACUGUUCACAGACAAGGAGGGAUGAAUACACAAAAUGUGAUGCAUGUAUUCCAUUUGAGGAGGAAUUCAAAUGCUUUAACUGUGUGAAAAUAUGAUAUGCCAGUAAUUUUUACCAUGUAGUAGAUGUAUAUGAUACAAAAUAGCAGACAAUAAAAAUUGAAUGUAUC